AUGAGAAUAGUUUAUGGUGAAAGCUAUCAUAGCGUGGAUAGUUUAUCGGAUGAUGAUGAUGAUGACACAAAGGAAACAACAGCUAAUGAAAUCGAAGAAGAAUCAACUAAUCUAUGUGGAAAAGAUAUUGAUUAUUCUGUUCUAUAUGAUGAUACAAUUGAAGAUUAUAGUUUUACAAGUGCACAUGAUUUUAAUUUUCUUGAAACUAUCAGCCGUGGUGGUUAUGGACGAAUUUAUUUAGCAAUGAAGAAAAAUGAUGAAAAUAAUACAAAAUAUGCACGUAAAGUUAUUAAUAAACACUAUAUACGUAAAAAAAAUUUAAAUGAUCGAAGUAAUGGAAAUUUUUCAAGUCAACAGGUUCCUUUUUUGUUUUCAAAAUAA